AUGUCUUCCUAUCUCUCUGCACCCUCUAACGAUGGCGUCAAGAGCACCCGUCAGCGCGGUCACUCUGCCAUGAACUUCAAGACCGCCAGUACUGGUGUUGCUGCUGCCGCCAUGCGCAACGAACUCAACCGUAUGAUUGCUGAUGUCAAGGACUCGAGCCAGCGCAAGAUAUUUGAGGCCGAGAUGCACAGCUUCUUCGAUCUCUUCAACCGAUACCUCGAUGUCAAGGCAAAGGGCACCAAGAUUGACUGGGACAAGAUUAAGCCUCCCCCCGCUGACCGUGUCAUCGACUACAAGAGCCUUCCCGAGCAAACAGAAUGCAAGGAAUACCUCGAUAAACUUGUUGUUCUUAAGCUCAACGGCGGUCUUGGCACUACUAUGGGUCUGGCGGGUACCCCCAAGAGUGCCAUCGAAGUCCGUGAAGGAAUGACUUUCCUCGACUUGAGCGUGCGCCAGAUUGAGCACCUGAACGAGAAAUACAAAGUCAAUGUCCCCUUGAUCCUCAUGAACUCCUUCAACACCGAUGACGAAACCCAGCGCAUCAUCCAGAAGUACGCCAACCACAACAUUCAGAUCCUCACCUUUAACCAGUCGCGAUUCCCUCGUGUGGGCCGUGAAAGCAAUUUGCCUGUUCCUCGAUCUGCAACCAGUGACAAGAGCCAGUGGUACCCUCCUGGCCACGGUGACAUCUUCGAUGCCCUCAAGAACUCCGGAUUGCUCGACAAGCUGAUUGCCGCUGGGAAGGAGUACAUCUUUGUUUCCAAUGCUGAUAACCUUGGUGCCGACGUCGACCUCCGCAUUCUGAAGGUGUUUGCCGAAGGAAGGAAAGAGGGUCCCAUUGACUACCUGAUGGAGUUGACCGAUAAGACCCGCGCUGAUGUCAAGGGUGGUACCAUCAUCGAUUAUGACGGGCAUAUUCGUUUGCUCGAAGUGGCUCAAGUUCCAUCUGAGCAUGUUGAGGAUUUCAAGUCCGUCACCAAGUUCAAGAUCUUCAACACGAACAACCUGUGGAUGAACCUCCAAGCCAUCAAGAAUUGGAUGAGCCAAGGGAACUUGGGGGAUGAAGAUGACGGUCUCGAUAUCAUUGUCAACCCCAAGGUCGCUGAUGACGGCCAGCCUGUUAUCCAGCUCGAGACCGCCAUUGGUGCUGCCAUCAGGCACUUCUCUGGAGCUUGUGGCAUCAAUGUCCCUCGCAGCCGCUUCUUGCCCGUCAAGAGCUGCUCCGACCUUCUCUUGAUCACCAGCGACUUGUACUCUUUGGAACACGGCAAGCUUGUUAUGAACCCCAACCGUCAAUUUGGCCAGACACCCGUUGUCAAGCUCGGUGACAAUUUCAAGAAGAUUGCCAACUUCCAGAAACGGUUCCGCACUAUUCCCAACAUCCUCGAGCUCGACCACUUGACGGUUGCUGGCGAUGUAUGGUUCGGUCGCAAGGUUACUCUUCGUGGGACCGUUAUCAUUGUUGCCAACGAGGGCUCCAGGAUAGAUCUUCCGGAUGGCUCCAUCCUCGAGAACAAGCUCGUCUCUGGAAACGUUUCUAUCAUCGAUCACUAG